AUUUUACAUUUUCAUGGAAUCUGAUUGGCUAUUUCUCAUUUAAGCCCGCCCACAAAGCCCCGUCUUUCAUAAGUAUAAUUGGUCGCCUUUUGCCAGCAGUUUCUUGAGAGACUUGAGCAGAAAUGGUCCUGAAAGCAGUUUGUGUGUUGAAGGGAGACAAAGGAACCGAAGGCGUAGUUAAAUUUGAACAGGAGAAUGAUUCCGCCCCUGUGAAGGUGACAGGAGAAAUCAAAGGCCUCACCAAAGGCGAACAUGGCUUCCAUAUCCAUGCUUUUGGAGAUAACACAAAUGGGUGUACCAGUGCGGGGCCUCACUUCAACCCGUAUAACAAGAACCAUGGUGGUCCUGAAGAUGCAGAAAGACAUGUUGGCGACCUGGGAAAUGUGACCGCAGGAGAUGAUGAGAUCGCCAAGAUAGAUAUCACGGACAAAAUGAUCAGACUUUCAGGUCCGGACUCUAUUAUUGGCAGAACUGCCGUGGUCCACGAGAAGGUCGACGAUCUUGGAAAAGGUGGAAACGAUGAAAGCCAUAAAACUGGAAACGCUGGAGCGCGCUUGGCCUGCGGCGUGAUCGGCAUCACUCAGUAAAAUGUUCAGAAUAGCACUGAAAGCCGCUUCCUCCCACAACACUUAAUGAGACCAACAUAGCUACUUAUUGUGACAGUUUGUCCUUAGUUCUGUUCUCCUGGACUAAUAUACUAGCUAAGCCAUGCUUUUGCCACAGUUGUAUGUGUGGGUUUGAUUGUUAAGUAGAGAUCCCAAAGAAUUGGAAACGCACAAGUUAUUUCCGUAUCUCUUCUAUUAAAAGCAAAAUGGGUUAUCUCGA